AUGGCCAUCUUCAAAAGGAAAACUCGCGCCACCGACGCAGGUCCUGACGCACGAAAUGGUUCGACCGAUGAUGCAGACAGCGACGCCGCCUCCGCCAAGGGUCUGCGCAAGUAUGCCCAACGCAAGCCUGCCAACACUGCAUUCAAACAGCAGCGCCUGAAAGCGUGGCAGCCCAUCCUCACGCCUCGAACCGUCCUGCCCGCCUUCUUCCUCGUCGCCAUCAUCUUUGCCCCCAUCGGCGCCGUGCUCUACUACUUUGCUGAGCAGGUCAACGAGUUCACGCUCGACUAUACACAGUGCUCCACCGCGCCCGCCGCGCCAGAACAGGCGCAAAUCCCUUCCAACAAGUACGACUACCAGCUGCACAACAAGAACACGAGCAACUUCCAGCCCCCGACCUGGUCGUGGAAUGCCGAUUCGAGGACUUGCAACUUGUACUUCAGUGUCCCCUCCAGGCUUGAAUCGAGCGUGUUCCUCUACUACAAGCUCACCAACUACUACCAGAACCACCGUCGCUACGUCAAGUCGAUAGACUCGAGCCAACUCGAUGGCGAUGCGGUAGCGUACAACACCAUUUCCGGCGGUACAUGCAAGCCUGUCGACGUGGAUCCUACGACACGCAAAAUCAUCUACCCGUGCGGUCUCAUCGCCAACUCUGUUUUCAACGACACUUUCGGUGAUCCCGUCCUGCUCAACGUGGCCGGUUCCAACGCUGCGAACCAGACCUACGUCAUGAGCGAGAAGAACAUCAUCUGGCCUGGCGAGAAGAACAAGUACUCGCGCACCAAGUACACCGCCGAGCAGAUCAUCCCGCCUCCUUACUGGCAGGGCGCAACAGGCGAGUUCGGCUUCCCCAACGGCUACACGGAGGGCAACAUCUUCGACCCGAGCGAUAAUGAGCACUUUAUGGUCUGGAUGCGCAUCGCCGGCUUGCCCACAUUUAGGAAGCUCUACAAGAGGAACGACAACGACGCGAUGGAGCCCGGAAGGUAUCUCUUGGAGGUCGUGGAUAACUAUCCGGUCGCCAUGUUCGAUGGCACUAAGAGCGUGGUGUUCAGCACCUCCAGCUGGGUCGGUGGCAGGAACCCAUUCUUGGGUCUGUCGUUCAUUGCGGUCGCCGCACUGUCCGUGCUGCUCGGGCUGGUGUUCACCGCGAGACACUUGAUCAAGCCAAGGAAGCUGGGUGACAUGAGCUACCUGUCCUGGAACCAGCCCGAGACCAAGUGA